UGGGGUCCAGGUUUUACCCCCGCUGCAGAAAAACCCUCGGAAAACCUCAAAUCUCUUUGUCGCGGCACACUAGCGAGCAAAAAUGUCAGCUUCUUCUCCCUUCGUCGCUCGAUCUAGGGUUUUAUCUCGCGCCAUUUCAUUAGCAUUCAAGCCUCCCUCAAAGAAACCUUCGAUCCCCUCCGAGUUCUCUCCUUCGCUUUCUCAUCCUGUUCGGCGCUCUUCCAUCCUCUCGAGAUUACCUGUGGCUUCGAGCUGUUUGAUGACGAUGCUGCCGCUUCAUAGCGCGAUUGCUUCUGCUCGUCUGAGAUCGGAAUUGUCUGCGGAGUCUCAGAGCUGGGGUUGGAUCCCUCAAGGACUUGCAAUGCCUUUAUGACGGCAUUGUCUGUUGGCUGAUGGCUCAAGAUGGAGGCUUGCUUGUUUCCUACUUUAAUUCUGAAACUAGUAACAAUUUUGUUUAUUGUAUUACAGAAUGCAAGUCUGGUACUCGCGGAAAUAUUGAUUUUGUUUAUUAGCUUCUUUUUUUUGUUAAGAAUCCUGCCCAGUAUAUCUACAUUUCUGAGACAAGUGAUCAUGGAAAUAACUUCAUUAGUUGGAGUUCUGGGAACCAAGAAAACUGUCAUAAAAUGCCAUACUCUUGUACUGUUUUAUUUAGCGACUGAAUUUGCUGUAUUU